UUAACGUUAGGUAGUGUUGUAUGGUCGCAGUGAGCACAACCACUUGAACAUGAGAUUCGCAUUCGUCCUCCUAGCUGUAUUGGGCAGCUCAAUCAACUUCGCCUUCUCGAAGGAUGCUUUGAAUGAACCCGUGAGCAAGCAUGGACAACUUUCCGUCAGUGGUAACAAGUUGGUUAACGCAAAUGGCGAAGAGGUACAAUUGAAAGGCAUGUCUCUAGCAUGGAGCAUCUGGUGGCCCCAAUACUAUAACGAACCAACCGUUGAAGGCGUUAAGAACGGUUGCCAUUCCAACGUUAUUCGUGCCCCUCUGGCUAUCGAGACGAACGAUGGUGGAUACUUGACCGACCCCGAGGGACAGAAGAAGCUGAUCGUGGACGUCAUCGAGGCGGCAAUCAAGCACGACAUAUACGUCAUCGUCGAUUGGCAUGAAGAGAAGGCCGAGACUCACUUGGAACAAGCGGUAGACUUCUUCGACCAAAUCUCCAAGACGUACGGAGGCUACCCCAACAUCAUCUACGAGACUUUCAAUGAACCAACAACCCAGUCAUGGUCUGACGUACUCAAGCCAUACCACGAGGCUGUCAUCAAAGCCAUUCGUGCUAAUGAUCCAGACAAUAUUAUCAUUGUAGGUACACCUACUUGGUCCCAGAGUGUGGACCAGGCAGCUGCUGAUCCUAUCACAGACUAUGAUAAUAUUUUGUACUCUCUCCACUUCUACGCUGGUACCCACACACAGUGGCUUAGAGAUACUACUAAGGCUGCUCUUGACAAGGGAAUUGGUAUCUUCGUCACUGAAUACGGAACCACUAAGGCUGACGCAACUCCCCCAAUUGCUCUGGAGGAAACCAAGUUGUGGUGGUCUUUCAUGGAUGAGAACAAUAUGUCUUAUGUAAACUACGAUAUCACCGACAAAGAAUCAGAAGCAGCUUCUGUGUUGGUCCCUGGAACCACUGCUGAAAACGUAUGCAAGGAAGGUUAUUUGACCGAAUCUGGACUUCUUGUCGUGGAACAAAACAAAAAAUAAAUCAUCCUUUUGUUGACCUGUAAACUUGAAUACACAAUAUACUAAAUCAUAUUUA